CAAACUGUUAUUUUUCAUAACCGCAGUUAUGUGGUCUUCAUUGUUAAUAAUUAUAAGCAGAGCACAGGUUCCUGAAAAUAUGAGGGGAGUUACUUGUAUUAGCUACGCUUCGAUGACUAACAGGAGCGGUGAAUAAUGGUGCGAGCGGAGGGAUCCCAUUUCUUUAGGAAUAAAGGUAACCUCCCAGUGUGUAAACCUUGAUUAGGAGCAAUCAUUCAGCUAAUGCUGCUGUUGCUAAUGCCAACAUGACUGCACAUAAUGAGCGCUGGUUUAGCAUGCUUUCUUUGUGCUCAAGUACCCCUCUCUGUAUCCCAUAUCCAAGUGUGAAAUUACAAUAUCAGAUCGUAUUUAGUUAAUUAAACUCAUAUGACUAAUUUAAUUUGACUCAAAUAUGGGGGGAAGUGAAUAAAUCAUGGAGGCGUAUUUAGCUUGUGUGUUAACAGUAAUUAAAUGUGGGGCAAUCUGUAGCCUGCGAAGAUAGUUCAAGUCUUCUUUCCGCCUACUGUACGAGUACACAUGUGGAAAAAAUGGAAGCCAAACAGUUUUGGGAAGCAGUCUAGCAGAAUAUUAAUGAAAUGAUGUGGGAGUUUCAAACAGAAAUAAGUGAGUUAAAGAUGCAACCCUGUGUAGAAAGCUAGCACAUUAAUAGUCGACGAGUGGUCGUCCCAUUUGGAUCUCUGCAUGUCGUAGUUAGAGAAGAGCCAGAAGCAGAAAAGAAAUAUUCCUCCAUGAUUAGAGCCUGGAGAGUUCAAAGACAGCUGCUUCUGCAACUAGAGUGGCGCAAAACACUCACUCAAGGAAGACAAGAAAUCAAGUUGUAUUUGUCAUUUAACUAUUUUAUCUUUCAUAUUUGGCAGGGAUUAGAGAUGCACAUCCUCUCCAGCUCUGUCAGUCCUUGUUAUGUGCUUCCAAUCUGUCAGAUGCACGACAGGGUGCUUUAUUACAUCUCGAUAAAUGAUGCCACCUAAGUCUUGUUUUCCUAUCACUAAAAAGCAGAUUGUGUUUUGUCACGCUCCCUGAUGUGCGUUGCAUUCUGUUUUGUUUCAUUUUAGACCCGCUCUGUGAUUGAUGAGGAUUAGGAAACUGAUUUUGCCUGAUAGGGAACGCGGGAACGUCCUCAUCCACGCUGAGUAAAGAACUUUUAAUGGCGUCCCGGUAGAGACAUCAAGAUGAACACGUUACCAUCAAUGGACCGGCACAUCCAGCAGACCAAUGACAGGCUGCAGUGCAUCAAACAGCACUUACAGAACCCGGCCAACUUCCAUUCAGCAGCCACAGAGCUGCUUGACUGGUGUGGAGAUCCCCGGGCCUUCCAGCGACCUUUCGAGCAAAGUCUCAUGGGAUGUCUGACGGUGGUGAGUCGUGUCGCUGCUCAGCAGGGGUUUGACUUGGACCUGGGCUACAGGUUGCUGGCUGUGUGUGCUGCCAACAGGGACAAAUUCACUCCCAAGUCUGCAGAAACCAGCACCUGCAGGAGAUGUCAGAGUGACUCAGCGCUGCUGUCGUCGUGGUGCGAGGAGCUCGGUCGUCUCCUCCUGCUGCGUCACCAGAAGAACAGGCAGAACGAACCGCAGGGAAAAGUCCCCAUGCAGCCCAGCAUGAACAGCAUGAAGCCCGGCCUCACACACAGUGAUGGAUCCUUUCCCUAUGACUCUGUCCCCUGGCAACAAAACACCAACCAGCCCCCUGGGUCAUUGUCUGUGGUUACAACAGUGUGGGGUGUGACCAACACAUCACAGAGUCAGGUGCUAGGGAACCCAAUGGCAAAUAGCAAUAACCCCAUGAAUCCUGGAGGUAACCCUAUGGGGUCCGGUUUGUCUGCCAGCGCAGCAGGGCUUAAUUCACCUCAGUUCAAUGCUCAGCAGCAACAGUUUCCAAACAAAGGAGGCUCCAACCAGCCUUACAUGCAGCAGGGCAUGUAUGGCAGGCCUGGUUACCCUGGAGGUCCUGGGGCAUACAGCGGGAGUUAUUCUGGAGGCCCGAAUGCUCCGCCAGGUGGAAUGGGAAUGACCUCCCACACACGUCCUCCUGGUGACUUCACUCAGCCAGCUGCUGCCGCUGCAGCGGCUGCUGUCGCUGCCGCUGCUGCUACUGCAACGGCCACGGCAACAGCCACGGUGGCAGCUCUGCAGGAAACCCAGAAUAAAGACAUGAACCAGUAUGGACAGAUGUGUUCAUCAUUCCAAAUGGGCCCCGCUCAGGCCUACAACAGCCAGUUCAUGAACCAGCCAGGUCCACGAGGCCCCCCUGGAGGUAUGAAUCCAGCCAGCAUGGGAUCAGCCCUGAACAACCCUAAUAUGAGCGGGCCUCCCAUGAGCAUGAGCCAGGCUCGAACCCCAGGCAUGGGGCCUUUCGGCGCUCAUGGCCAACGGAUGCCUCAGCAAGGGUAUCCCGGAGGACCCCGACAGGGCAUCCCCAUGCAAGGGAUGAAGAGGCCAUAUCCUGGAGAGGGAAGUUACGGGAGUCAGCAGUACGGGCCGAACAGUCAGUUCCCGCCACAGCAGGGGCAGUACCCCACAUCAAAUGCCUCCAGACCGCUUCCAUCUCCAAACUAUCCCGGCCAGAGGAUGCCAGGACAGCAGGGCCAAGGACAGUAUCCACCUGGCAUGCCCAUGGGCCAGUACUACAAGCAAGAGCCCUUCAAUGGUCAGAGCAACAACUUCUCUGGAAGUGGAUACUCCUACGGUCAAGGCAACGGGCCCCCCAGGCCCGGCAACUACCCCCACUCUCCGGUCCCUGGAAACCCCACACCCCCGAUGACCCCAGGAAGUGGUAUUCCUCCAUACCUGUCGCCAAACCAGGAUGUGAAGCCCCCGUUUCCACCCGACAUGAAACCAAAUAUGACAGCACUACCGCCCCCUCCAACUAACCCCAAUGAGGAGCUGCGGCUGACGUUCCCGGUCAGGGAUGGAGUGGUGCUGGAACCGUUUCGCUUGGAGCACAACCUGGCUGUCAGCAACCACGUCUUCCACUUACGACCCUCCGUCCACCAGACCCUCAUGUGGAGGUCAGAUCUUGAGCUGCAGUUUAAGUGCUACCACCAUGAAGACAGACAGAUGAACACCAACUGGCCCGCCUCCGUCCAGGUCAGCGUCAAUGCCACGCCCCUCACCAUUGAGAGGGGGGACAACAAAACCUCCCACAAACCCCUGCACUUGAAACACGUAUGCCAACCUGGAAGAAACACGAUCCAGAUUACAGUCACCGCCUGCUGCUGUUCCCACCUGUUUGUGCUGCAGCUGGUCCACAGGCCAUCUGUGCGAUCUGUCCUCCAGGGGCUCCUGAAGAAAAGACUCCUUCCUGCAGAGCACUGCAUCACCAAGAUCAAGAGAAACUUUAGCAGUGUGGCGGCCUCUGCAGGCAACACCACGCUUAACGGGGAGGACGGUGUGGAGCAGACAGCCAUUAAAGUCUCGCUGAAAUGUCCCAUUACCUUCCGACGCAUCCAGCUACCCGCACGAGGACAUGACUGCAAACAUGUCCAGUGCUUUGAUCUGGAGUCCUACUUGCAGCUCAACUGUGAGAGGGGGACAUGGAGAUGUCCUGUGUGCAAUAAAACAGCAUUAUUAGAAGGUCUGGAGGUGGACCAAUACAUGUGGGGAAUCCUUAAUGCCAUCCAAAAUUCUGAGUUUGAGGAGGUCACUAUAGACCCUACAUGUAGCUGGAGACCUGUGCCUAUUAAGUCUGAGGUACACAUCAAAGAGGACCCAGACGGGCCACUUGCCAAACGCUUUAAGACCAUGAGUCCCAGUCAGAUGACCAUGCCCAAUGUGAUGGAGAUGAUCGCCCAGCUAGGCCCUGGCCCUGGCCCAGGACCCGGGCCUGGCCACGGACCAGGUCCCAACCACUUCCCCCCACAUCCUGGCCAACAUGCUAGUGGCAAUGGGGGAGAAUACCCAGGAGCAGGCAACACUUACCACAGCCAAGCGAACUUUGACUUCCCUCACGGGAACCCCUCUGGUGGUGGUGGUGGUGGAGGAGGUGGAGGAGGUCCCCCUAUGAAUGACUUCAUCCAUGGCCCCCAACUCUCCCACCCCCCAGAUGGACCUGGUGGUCUCCUCUCGCAGGAUAAGCCCCUUAACCACGGCAUGAAUGAUGCAAUGUCCCAUUCUGAUCAGUCUCAUAAUUCCAUGCAGCAGAUCUUGCAUGCGUCUCCCCACCCUGGCAGCCAGACAGGGCCACCCUUGCAUCACAGCGGCCAGUCAUCGCAGCCACCUCGCCAGUCGCAACCUCAACCGCAGCCUCAGCAGCCUGGGCAGAACAGUCACCCUCACAGCGAACUGAACUUUAACCCCUCGUCAGACGGGCAGAUGGGUCAGGGAGCCCAGGAUAUGCCUGAACCCUCCCUGGAUCUGCUUCCAGAGCUGGCAAACCCAGACGAGCUACUAUCAUACCUGGAUCCUCCCGACCUUCCCGCCAACAGCAACGACGACCUUCUCUCCCUCUUUGAGAACAACUAGCCCUUCACCUCCCCUACAAACCCUCCUGCACCAAUGGGAGUCGUGAUGUGUUUAACUGUCCGUCCACAGACACUUCACUGACCUCCUGUCGACUGUUCAAGCAGCUUCCUGUGCUCACGCAUGCACACACACUUACACAGUCUCUCAACAGAUAAUGUGUGGCAUAGGAACACGGCUGAAAAGGGGCGCCUGUUUGGGAACUCCAGCGGAGAAAGUAGGAAGGCCACUCGUCCCUGCACCCCCUCCCUUGUUGUUUUCCUCGUGUAAAGAUUCCACGCACCAGUUCCACCGUCUGACUCGAAACGCACCAUAUACAGCCAUGCUGGCGGGCACUAAAGUGAUAUUAUAUAUAUAUUUACAUAUAUAUGAUAUUUGUGACUUUUCAACUGAAAACUGUGCAGCUAUAAUCAUCAUGUGUAAAACAACACAGGAGGAGAGACGGAAAAGUGUUGUAGCUUUGUUUUUUAAAUAUGAUUUUCCUUUUGUGAAAAAAAAACAAAAAAAAAAACAAAAAACAGAACAUCGUCUUGUAAGAGUGUUUUUAACAUGUUUGAAAUGUGUUCUUCCAAAACUUUGGCACAUGCCAUGCCCUUCAACCCCAGACUUCUCAGCGUGCGUGUGUGAGUGUGUGUGUGUGUGAGUGUGUGUGUUUGGGGGGGGGGGAUUCAGGUGAAUAACUGCAACUCAUCAGAAUCAGAGCACUGAAAGGAUGAGCUAAAAUGUCCUCCAGUGUCAACAGAGGAAAUGAGUGCACAUUGUGCAAUGGAGUGUGUGUGUCUGUGUGUAUAUACCUGCGUGCGUGUGUGUGCUUAUGUGUCCUCUUUUAGUUGCCUGCGAGCAUAUGUGAAAGACAGCGGUGAGAGAGAGUUUGAGACAGAGGAGGGAAGAAAAAAACUGAAUGGAAGAAAGAGAAAACAAUCCACGUUAAGAGCUGACUCGGCUCUUCUCCAGCUAAUCUGCAGUUGUUCUUGUGUAUUUAUUGUAAUGUUUCACUCUUCCUCAUCAAAUUCAGCACCAUUUUGUUCACAAGUGCAUGUGUGCCAAUGGCUCCUGUCGUCUUUGUCCAGCCUAAACGUGCUUGAUCAAAUCGUUUUCUUUCUUUCAUCUUUAUAUUUAUUAUUUUAUUUCACGUUCAUCUGAUUUUUUCUUAUUAUUGUUGUCUUUUUUUUUAUGUGUCUUAUCUUUGUCCCACAUUGAAAUAAUCAGAUGCACACCACCAAAGUUGUCCUAUGCUUUUUCUAAGGGGUUUGGCCUGGAUAUCAUGUUGGCAUAAGAGCAGGAUUUCAACAUCCUACAGACAUCCACAGAAGUUUUGAAGUCACUGUAUUUUAUAGAAACGUCUCUGUGAUUGUACUGAUCUUCCCUUUUGUCGUUUUGUUACUGUCGAGCUGCAUCUUUUUGGGAAAAAAAACAUCCUGCAUGAUCCAACAGAGUUUCCAGAGCUGUUGUAUAUACCCUUUGUGAAUACUUUGUGACUGUACAGUACUGUACCUAUCUAUUACUGUCAACUACAUGGUACUGUAUGUCUAUCAAGGACUACACACACAAACUCACACAAAAUCCCUUCUAACAGUCCAGUACUGUAACGAAUUGAUCCAAAUGCACUCUCACUGGCCUUGUAGUAUUGAGUAUCUGUGUAUUGUGUACAGUUUUUCCAUUCCCCUGUGACAAUGCAUCAGUGAAGAGGAAUAUUUGAAUUGUUUUAAGAGCUUUUGUUUUCUUUUUUUCUAUAUUAAAAUCAGUCAGCUUUAAAUGAGCUGUUUUUUUGUUUGUUUUUGUUUUUUUGUUUUGUUUUUUGGGUUUUUUUUUGGUAAGCUUGUAAAUGUAGCUUAGAGGUCCAAAUUUCUCCAAAAAUGAUUAGUUUAAUAUUAUUGGAACGAGUGACCUCGUCCUCCUUAUUUAAGGUGAGAAUGUGCAAAAUUGUCCUCUGGAUUGUUUUGAGGCCUAAUAAUGAGCUUUUUGAUAACCACACUUGGCAAAAAUGUGUGAAUAUGAUUUGUGUAUUUCCAUCACAUUUUAUGUUGUUUCAAGUUUUAAGUUAUUAUUUUUGUCCCAUGUUUUUAUGACAGGUAUAAUUUGGUUUACACAGUUUUAUGCAGUGCAGUAGAUGAAUUUGAAAUAUACUUUAUAGUGUUGGCUAAAAGUUCCCCCAUUUGAGAUUUGUAAUCUGUUUGAAGAACCAAAUAUGUCUGUACUGAUCUUCAGAACUGAUCCUGCAUAUAACACAGCUGAAGGAUCAGAUGUUGUUUGUGUUUGUCUACAUGUUUGUUAAAGACAGUGCACUGCCGCGUCGGGAUGUUUUAUUUCCCUACACAGUGUGUAACUAUAAGUGUAACCUUUCAAAGAAUCCUGUGUGGUGAUUUGAGCAACACAAAUUGUACUGUCUGAUUUGCAGAAGUUGGAAAUUGAGUUGUGGAUUUAAAAGAGAAUGAAAUUAAUAUUGUAAAAUGAAAUACCGGGAGGGGAGGGGGACCCCCUCCUAUUUGCAUUACAAUGGGUGAGGCUGUGGCAGACGGUUGGGGGUGGGGUCAGGGAUGUAAGGGAAAUGUGUAUAUAAUGUAAAUGACAAAUAGAGACACGUUAACAGAAAUGUAUUCAUUUUCUCCAGGGGGAGUGUGCAUAGUGUAUUUAGAAUUUGUAAAGCUUCCAUCCUCCUGUCAGACAUUGAAUUGGCAAAAUGAGUCUGUGUUUGAUUGUGUCUGUGCAGACCGCUCUAACCACGCCUGUUCAUUUAUGUAAGAUACUUUAUGUACCCCUCCACGUGGGGUUUCCAAGAAAAAAAAAGACAUUUUUGCUUUGUGUAAUAUUAAACUUCUGUGUAUUUCUCUAU